CGCCGCCGGGUCAUCUGGUGACCCGUGGGUCGGGACCUGGGCUUUCGCCGCUCGGCGGUUCAGGCGUUGCCGGCUCUGGCGCUGUGGACUUGGUGGGUGGUGGCGUCGCAAUGGCGGGUGUAGCGGUCGGACAGCCGGCGCCGUUGUCACCGCGACUGCAGCAGCAGCAACAGCAGCAGCGGGCGGCGUUGCAGGCGCAGGUUAGCGGCGGUGGCAGCAGCUGCUUGAGCGACGAUGAUGAGUUGGCGAUGAUUCAGCAGGAGGUAGCACUGCUGGCUACCACCACGAGAGUGCUGGCAUGGGGUGGAGCUUCAGGGGGGCCUCCCGGUGCUGUGGGGCCGGGCAGCGGUCCUCCGGGGCCUCUGUCGGGUGGUGGCGGAGGUAGCCCGGCUGCGUCGCCCUCCCGGUGGGGUAGCUACGGGCGCCGGUGAGGAGAUGCAGCAGUGGUGGACGUGCGGUAGUUAAGGCGGUGGGGGUUGCUGAGUUGUUGGAUUAGGGAAGGGGUUCAGUAUGGGUUGUAGACUUGGGAUGGCGGUUGUGAUUGCAGUCAAGUCUGGUAUGUUUUCAAACUGAUUUGGGCUUUAGUUCAUUAGGCCCUGGUUGUACGACCCUGAUUCUGUAAUGUGGAUUGAGUAUAAUGUGAAUUGCUGGUCAUGAGGAGGCACACCAAGACGCAAUGGUUGUAUGCUUGUACCGCUCAUGAACCAUGUCAGGUGGGGACAUAGCACUGCUCACGCCAUUGGUGUUUAACAGGUAUUAAAGCAGACGUGGCUGUUAUGGGCUUUGGAGUGGCAUGGUCGUCGGUCUACCACCCCGCCCAAAACCGGGACAUGACAGUUGGGUGUCCUAAUCGGGUGACAAUCGACGCAAGAGAACGCAAGGGC